UUUCUUAUCAGAGAUUCUUAUACAUGAGAAGAAUAUAAACGAAUUAAACUUUCGCUGACAGAGAAUUAUGGCGGGGUCACAGAAAGGAGUUAAUUUAUCAACAGUACUGCUGGUGGUGAUUUCAGUGCUUUUCAGCGCAACUGCCGUUGUUCAGUUUAUAUGGACCCAGGAACUUCAGAAGAAAUAUGAACAAAGUCAGAGGGAACUCGUGCAGCUGAAGACAGACUGUUUCAAGUUCAGCCUCCAGGAGGCACCCGACUCUGUAUUGGUCCUCAACAACAAAGAACCAGAAGCUUUGGAAGAUGGAAAUGGCCGUCAUAAGCGGGAUCUUCAGCAAAUGUUAACGGAUAUGAUGGUAGCGCAGGAGAAGAUACUGUUGGACCAUUGCAUGAAUGACACGAUUAAAUUGUGCGUUCCAGGUCCAAAAGGUGAUCGGGGUUUUAAAGGGGACCCUGGUAUCCCGGGUUCUCCUGGAUUGCCGGGUCUAAUCGGUUCAAGAGGAGCUAAAGGAGACACUGGACUUAAGGGUCAAAAAGGAGAAAAAGGAGCUGCGGGACCUAAGGGAGAUAGGGGUCUACAAGGAGCCGAUGGUCAAAAAGGAGAGCCGGGCCCUAAAGGUGAUCCAGGUGCCAAUGGUCAGAAAGGAGAGCCAGGAGCUUCUGGACCUAAAGGGGAACCAGGUUUGAGAGGAUUGAAGGGUGAUCCGGGACUGCAAGGCCUUAAGGGAAGCCAAGGACCACCAGGACUUAUGGGGGCCAAGGGAGAUCAAGGUGUUGCUGGUCUAAAGGGAGAAAAGGGAGCGGACGGGCCACGGGGACCGCCAGGUGUCCAGUUGCAAAAGGACUGCAUGUGCAUCAAACCGCCUACGAUCGAUGUAUUUGAGCCCCAAAAUGAGACCAUUUAUUAUCGACUUGGAUCCAAUAUAAAGCUCAUGUGUGGGAGUAACUCGACCGUACCAGCGCCCACCGUAGCGUGGACCACACCUGACCCCAACCCAUGCGCAGCACGUACAGGUUCGGCAUUGAAUAUCAACUCACUGCAGCCCUCAGAGGUUGGCAACUACACGUGCACAGUAACCAACCCGUAUGGGUCUUCAUCUAAAACAUUCGUAAUUAAGAGUGAAGCCCCAUCAGCAAUUUCUUGCGACUUUGAUGGCAACAACAUGUGCUUAUGGAAAACAAAUCAGUCAAGUCCUGGUACAUGGAAGGUAAACAGUGGUCAAACGCCAACCGGAAAUACGGGUCCUAACACAGAUCAUACAAAGGGAAAUAAUAUUGGCUAUUAUGCAUAUAUUGAAAGCAGUUUCGGCAAGACCGGCGAAAAUGCUUUUUUGACAUCACCGGAACUUCCGCCAUCAGGAGUGUCUUGUUUUACAUUUUGGUACAAUAUGCACGGUUCUCAAAUCGGGUCUUUGGCUUUAGAAACAGAGGAACGAUUAAAAGACUGUUCAGAAACGAGACAUGUUAAGUUGCCAUUGUCGGGCGAUCAAGGAAGUGUUUGGCACCAGGCUCAGAUUAACCUUCCAGUCAUGAACAACCCAUAUCGGAUUGUCCUGAAGUCGACCCAUGGACCAGGCAGCAGUGGUGACACAGCGGUCGAUGAUCUACAGUAUUACACAGGAAAAUGCAAAUCAAAUAUGAAACUGAAUGGUCCGAGUGAAGAAUUCAUUACUAUUCCGGCAAACUCACCUCUAACCCUUAAUUGUAACGUUACCGGCAGUCCGGCUCCUACAUUUACAUGGACCAAACAGCAUUCAUGUGAAGGAUCGUACAAGACGUAUAAAGGUUCUGUUUUACACGAAGCUGACCACGCCACCACCGGCGAUAGCGGGACGUAUAUUUGUACAGCCUCCAACGGACCUCUAAAUAACAUUACCAAAAUAUUCCAUGUUAAAGUUAAUGACACCGGCUAUACGGACAAAUGCACAUUUGAUAAUGGUGCUUUCUGUGGCUGGCAACAAGUAAUUAAUAAGGAUGAUUUCAACUGGACGAUCCACUCUGGUUCGACACAGUCAGAUGGCACCGGACCCGACGCCGAUCACACUCAGAGCAGCAGCGGAAAUCAAAUGUACGUAUACAUCGAGACCUCGUCGCCACGUGUCCAGGGAGAGCACGCGGAUCUUAUCUCCCAUAUGCUACCGGCCAACCAAACAAAGUGUCUAACAUUGUGGUACUACAUGUUUGGUACCGAGACAGGAAACCUAAAGGUUUUCUUGGAGGAUCAGUGUACCCACCAAAGGACAGAAGUUUUCUCCCAGUCUGGUGACAAAGGACGAAAGUGGCUUAUGGGUAGCGUGAAUAUCCCAGCUUCCUCUGUCCCUAACGACUACAAGAUUGUUAUACAGGGUGAUGUGGGAUCAUCUUACCACGGUGACACCGCCUUAGAUGAUAUUCACAUCAAAGAUUCUACUUGCUCCGCUUCAUCCAUAGACUGUGACUUUUCGCACGAUAUUUGUCAGUGGACGCAGUCUCAAUCAGACACUUUCGAUUGGACAAGACUUACCGGCACGACUGUAUCUUCAAACACGGGGCCGUCCGGGGACCACACAGAUCCUAAUGGAGGUGGUUACUACAUGUACACUGAGGGUUCGCAACCACGGAAAACGGGUGAUGAUGCUAUACUCGUGUCGCCCCCGCUCCCCGCAGGUCAAGAUUACUGUUUUUCAUUGGCUACAAAUAUGUAUGGUGAUACAAUGGGUUCCAUCGAAGUCCUGACGAAGGACGCUGCGUCGACCAGCAACAGUGGGGCACGCGCACUAGCCAUCUACUCAACAGGUAGUACCGUAGAAGAGUGGAAGGAACAUAGUAUCUAUAUCCCGGCGCAGAGUAAAAGUUUCCGCAUCCUGAUCAAGGGUAUUAUUGGCUCCGGUUUCGCCAGUGAUGCCGCUAUUGACGACCUCAGUAUACAUUCCGGAAAAUGCUGAAAUGUACAUAAUUUCCAAAUAAAGUUAAACUGAA